CACGCCUCGACGAUGAAGAUCAUGCUGGAGAACCUUACGAAGGGCGGUAAGGAGGCCCGCGUUGACCAGUACCUCUUCAUCUUCCUCAAGUUCAUCCAGUCCGUCGUGCCCACCAUCGACUACGACUACACCAUGUCCGUGGACGCGGGGGGGACGAACAACAACGACACCUCUGAGCCCGACCUGGACGACGCCUUCGUCGACGUAGCGGAAACCUCUCCUUGAGGAAUUUUCCAGGAGUUUUCCUAGGUUCUUGCGGGAUUUUGCCGCUUGCCGGUCCCAGCCUUCGUCGACGUCGCGGAGAAUCUUCCUUCACGAUUUUGAAGGGAUUUUUUCCCGGGAUUUCCCGAGUUUUUUUUAUUUCCGUCGCCACCGCCGCCGGUGCCGCCUGGGCGGCGCCUUCUCUGUCGUGUUGUAGAAAGAGUAUGCUAUCCUUGAGGAUUUUCCGGAAUUUUCUGAGUUUUUUCCAAGAUUUUCUUCCGUCGGCUGCGCCGAGCCCGACCGGGACGACGCCUCCUGCUCCGUCGUGUUAUAGCAAAAAGAAUGCUGUCCUUUUGGAUAUUUGGAGUUUCUGUUUUUUUUCCGAGGGUUGUUCUUCCGCCGCCGCCGCUGGUCCCGGCCUGGACAACGCCUCUUGCUCCGUCGUGUUGUAGUAUUUUGUCCUUGAUUGUGUUCGGAGACCGCCAUGCGAACGUCGGGCUAAGGCUUGUCCGCCCGUCUGCCCCAGCGGAUCGACUUUGGGAAGCUGUAUGUCCCAUGUAGUUAAUGCAGAGUAUUUCGUUCGCUCAGAGUCUCGCAAGCGCUUGUGUGGUGUGGAACAGUCACAGCGCCGAAAACGGCGGCGUUGAAACCGUCUCGUCGAGAGCUUUUCGAAAAUGUAUCGUUUCGUAUAUGCAUCCUCUUUGUCGUGGAGUAAUCGAGCUUUGAAAAUCGGUCCAGGGGGUGUGUUAUCUUGUGUCAUAUACGGUAGUUGCUGACGAGGCUCCGUUGUACCACCACCAGUUUGUUUACGGCAGAGACGAUGAUGACAUCUUCUUCUCAUGUGUGGUAUGCAUGGCUCGAAUUUGAAUGUUACUGUAGAUACCCCGAGCCUAGUAGGUAAUUGGCCAAGAACGGGGGCGGGGGGGGGGGGGCAGUUAUGGCCCUUGUGGAAGGCCGCGUAAAUAAUUAUGGCCCGUCGCCCAGUUCGAGACCGGUGAAAUCGCGCGACACAUUCAAAUUGGUGUCAUGGUCUGAAUAGUGCCGACGUACCCGAUAUAAAAUGCUGGCCGAAAGCCCUUGGCAUAAUGCGGCGUUACAAUCUUCAGGGACCACUACGCUGCCGUGCUCUCCUUCACUUGAACAUGCGGUACUAUGCAUAUAAUGCUACCAUAUUCUUGGAAGUGGGCACUGAUCGGGGCUAGUACUAGUCGCGGGAGGAAGGAGAAAAUACAAAGAAAAAAAGCGGGACUGACUAUUAAUGUUCGUCUUGAGGCAGACGUGAAAUUGCGCAGGAAUAAAAGCCCGCGUGAGGGACCCAACAAACCUACUUCGUGCGACGCAAGUUCGUAUUUCUCUUCGUUCGUUCGUUGUAUCAGCAGCAAUGCGGAUGAGCUUAGUCGUAUAUAACACAAGAUAACACACCC